AUGGUAAAAUUAGCAGUACGCGUCGAGAUGAGACAUCAAUAUAAGAAUUUUCUGCUCAGAAGUUAUGAGAUCAAGGACAAUUUUAGAGUGAAUUUCUACAGUCAUCCCCACAAGGAAUACCUCAAAGAGGUGAGGAAAGUAAGCAGUGACCUUCCCCACAUUUCGAAGUUGUUCUCCAUGCAGCGUUGGACUGGUGAACGGAGAGGAGCAGAUCGAAGAAGAAACUCAGACCAUGUGCACAAAAUGAAGGUCACCACGUUCCUGGUGGUGAAGAUGAAUGUUUAG